UCUCAUUCAAAUCCACUUCUGUAGAGUGAUUUCCGACGAGCUCAGCAUGAAAAAAACCAGCCAUUCCUUGCUUCCCUCCCUCCUCACCCUAGCUCUCCUGCUGGGCUCUACGAAAGCAGACCCACACCCACUGCAAGAUUAUUGCAUUGCCGAUACAUCUAAACCUUUUUACUUGAAUGGUGCUCCCUGCAUCGACCCAAAACUCGCAGCUUCUUCCCAUUUCACCACCGCAGCUCUGUCCAAGCCAGGCAACACGAAAGCCACCCCUUACGGCUUCAGUGUCAAGGUCACCAACGUCACUAAUCUGCCAGGGCUAAACACCAUGGGCCUGACAAUGGCCCGGGUCGACCUUGACCCAAAUGGGCUCGUCCCCCUCCACUCCCAUCCACGGGCCUCAGAGGUGACCAUUUGCAUCAGGGGUUCCCUCCUUGUGGGCUUUGUUAAUACAAGUAAUUAUGUGUUCACGCAACUCUUAAGGCCUGGUGAAUCCUUUGUGUUUCCAAGAGGUUUGAUUCAUUUUCUAUAUAACAUGGAGACAAUGGACUCAGCAAUAGCUGUGUCUGGACUUAGCAGCCAGAGUCCAGGAACCCAAAUAGCUGCUGUUGCUGCGUUCACAUCAAAGCCCUCUAUGCCUGACGAAGUUUUGAAGAAAUCAUUUCAGAUUUCUAACCAAGAUGUCACGAGAAUUCGUAGAAAUCUUGGAGGAUAAUUAAAAAUUAUGCCUUUCAAUUCAGAAAAGCAAUAAUAAUGAUAUUAUUUAUUUA